GUUCCUACCCUCUUCGCUAGGGGGCGGUAAGGCGCUCUCGUGUUUCCAAAAUGGCGCCAGCAAUGUCAAUAUGGAGGAGUAGAACUUGAUCUGAUCGCACCCCAAAUAAAAUCCCGUCUGUGUAUUCCUCUUCGACGCAUUCAUGAGUUCCCUUGACAGCGAACUGAGACCCUGUUAUCUUCCUCCCAAGACGCCUAACAAAUUGAGGGCCUGACUCUCCGGAUGAUGCCAGUUGCCCGUCAAGAAGUUCUUGGCCUUUAUCGCAAAAUCUUCCGCAUCGCCCGAAAAUGGCAAUCGGCAUCCGGGCAGAUGGAAGAGACUGUCAAAGAAAGACAGUAUAUUGUAAAUGAAGCUAAAACGUUAUUCCAAAAGAAUAAAAUCUUAACAGAUCCCGAGCUGAUUAAACAAUGCAUGGAAGAGUGCAAGGCGAGGAUAGAGAUAGGACUUCACUAUCACAUUCCGUAUCCAAGGCCUAUUCAUCUGCCUCCCAUGGGCCUCACUCAGCAGCAAGGUCGUACAUUUCGACAUCAGGAAAAGCUGAGGAAGCUUUCCAAGCCAGUCUACUUGAAAUCCCACGAUGAAAUUUCGUAAUCCAGUAUCAGACUGUAGCCUGUGUCAUCCUUGGGCUGCUUGGCAGAUGCCUUUCACGCCCACAAGAAGUAUAAAUGAAACUAGCAUGCUGACAUCUUCCUCAAGGCCAGAAGCCCACUCGAUCCCAUGAAGGUGAUGAGUAAUGAUAUAAUCAAACUGUCUUGUAUUUAUUAAACAUCAACAGAUGACUCAUCAAUAAAAGUAAACUGCUUUGUGGUAUGAAGGGCAAAGUGUGAUGGGUCUUGCACUGUAGAUGGAUAUAUCGCCAUGUGGACAGGAAAUGACAAGAGUUUGCCCUCAAAAGUCCUAUCCAGUCUCAGGAGGCUGCUGUCCUGUGCUUCACUUAUUUGCAAGUAAGUCCCACUGAACUCAACAGGGCUUGUUUCUGUGUAGACAUGGCUGCAAUCAGAUGUGCUUAUGUGGAAUUCAUUCCCAUUCAACUUAGCAGGCCUUACUUCUGCAUAGAUGCAUAUAUGACAGAGCUUGGAAAAGUUACUUUUUUGAACUACAACUCCCAUCAGCCCAAUCCAGUGGCCAUGCUGGCUGGGGCUGAUGGGAGUUAUAGUUCAAAAAAAGUAACUUUUCCAAGCUCUGAUAUAUGACUACCCUGGCAGAGCAUACAUUAAGACAAAAGUGAUGUUUGUCACACAUUUGUCUGCUUCUGGGUCCCAGGACCAUUUCUGAAAAUAGGAAGAUGGUCCUAAAGUAUGGCGUUACCUAGGGACACAGGAAGAUGCCGUACGCUGAGUCAGACCCAGUCUUGUCUCUACACUGUCUGGCAGCAGCUCUCCAAAGUUUCAGACAGGGACUGUCUCCCAACCCUAUAUGGAGAUGUUGGGGAUUGAACCUGGGACCUUCUGCAUGCAAGGCAGAUGCUUUACCCACUAAGCUACAGGUCUUCCCCCACCUCCCACCAUCUUUUACUGAGCAAUACAAUCAUAUUCUGAAACAUAAAAACAUUUUUCAAAGUAUACAUCAGCAUUGUGUGGCAUGUGGAAAGCACCUCUAGUAGCCAUCCUAAGGGCCUACUUUGGGCAAUAUGCUCCCCUAGCCUUCCUUCUGCACAUGAUCAGAGUGAGAUCAUGCCCUCUAUCCCUAACCACUGGGUGCACUAGUCUAGCCAUACAUCUUGGUUUGGAGCCAUAAUAAUGCAUUUAUAAUACACCAGCGGAAGGCCCUGGCAUUUUCCAUGUGCACUCCCUGGCCAGUGGAUCUAUCCACACACCACUACAGGCACAGAUACUUAUUCAGCGUGUUAAGCACACCCCCAACCCAAAUUUAAAGCUCUUUGCCGUUUGUGCCUGUGAUGGAGUACUUAGAUGAUUCCUGUGCCAUGAACAUGCUUGAAAAAGGACAGAUUUGAAAGACAGACAAUGAGCAGCUGGCCAGAGAAUUGAACUAAGCUUCAAGUUUAAGCCAGGAGUGGGCAACCUGUAGCACUGCAAAUCUGAAGAUAGCACAGUUCCCAUCAUCCCUGACCACUGGACAUACUGGCUGAUGUUGAUGGGAGUUGGAGUCCAAAAACAUCCAGAGGGCCACGUUUCCCAAUCUUGGUUUAAGCCUCAGUUUCACUAGAUUGUACUGGGAGGAAGGGUGGGAUAUAAAUUAAAAAAAUACACAAAUAAAAUACAAGUAGGGCUACAGAACCGAUGGCCUUUCUGACAUUGUUGGACUUCAUCUCCCAUCAGACCCAGCCAGCGUGGCUGAUUAUCAGGGAUUAUGGGAGCUUAGUAACAUCCGGAGGACCCCAGGUUCCUGUUUUAUAGCUAAAGGUUUAGUACAGAGUUGCAGCAUGACUGUAUAUGGGCCAAAAGCAGCCGUGCUAAUAAAAACAUGCAGUGCCAUACUAGGGGGGAGUACCGGCCCCAUUGCUAACCUCAUAAGGGACCUGUAGCAAAGCGUGGAAUAGCUGAGCUAAGGUUAUCAGGGUAGUAUUUGUCUUGGGCUUACUCAGCAAUAGCACAGGGUCAGCAGGAGCCCCUUCAUUUGAAUAGGAUGAUGUGGUGAACAGCACCUUAUGAAGGCAGACUCCAAAAAGUUUUGCAUUGUUGGUAACAACUUGUGUCAACUAGGUCUGGCUCAAAUAGGGAGCUUUUUGUGUGUGUGGCAAACAUCUUGAAAACACUAGUGAUAUUCCGUCAUCCCUUCAGAUAAUUCUGCAAGGCAGCGGUGCAAAGUCCUGUUCAGCUAUCUCUGUUAAGGCAAAGUUGAUUUCUGUGUGGUCUUUGUGGAAUAAACUUAAUUGGUGAGAGGCUUGAGUUACUGUUCCCAAGAACCUGCAGUUUAGUUUCUAUUCAAUCAUUGCAUGUCCGCUAAAAUCUGUCGGGUCCAUUCAUUGCUUAAGAUAGAUAGAUAGAUCUUCCUUUACUCACACAUGGGUGUGUGCAAAGGUUAUUUAAAUCAUCAUCUUGUUGGGUUCUGGGCUUGAAUCAACUAAAAGCCUGAGUACUCCGAAUCAUAUAGAUAAGGUAAGUGAGCUGGUGCAAUAAGGCAUUGCAUCCUAAUUAGCUGAGUCAAUAUUACCAACUGGGUUAUGGCAAAAGCUCAAAGGUGGAACACCCAGUUCUGCAAGCAACACACUAGACAGCCCCAGGCAAUCAGAGAGGGUCUCUCUUGAGCACUCACAAAUCAAGCAGUCUCCAAACUGGUCGACUCCUGUAAAAACAUGACUUGAUUUUAAGAAGAAUAUACACACACAAAACCCCCAACGUACAUCUUUUCAACUGUGUAAAUUUGACCAGGGCGUCCUGAAAAUGCUACUUUGUGAAAAUGAGAAGUUGUUACACCUACAAUCCCUUUUGUAAGAGUUGCUUCAAAGCAUUCUGAGCGGCUUUGAGAAAAGACUGCAUAAGCAGAAAAUCUUUU